AUGAAAAGUGAUAAUGAAGAAUUACAGUUAUUGACUGGCCAAAGACAAUUGGGAGAUGUGAAAUUGGCCAAAACACCAUUUUGUGUUGUUGAGGUUAACCAAGGAAUGGACUCUAUAAAUGAAUGCUUAGCUCAUAAUCAAAUGAUUGAAACUGCAUGUCAAUCACAAUAUUUUUUAAUAACCUCUGAAUUUUUGUCAGAUUGUAAUUGUAAAUAUCAUGCAUCUUAUGUUGGUAAUGUAGAAUGGCAAUCUGAAAGAAUGAACUAA